AUGAGCUUCGGCAUUGACCUUCCAUCGGACCAAGAUUGGGUUCAUGUUGGCCAUGCGCACGCCCCGACGCCUCCCAAGGUGGGAACGCGCUUCUCGACGGCAUCGCUCAAGAUCCUCAAGGCCUGGCUGCGUGACCAUGAGGACCAUCCGUACCCGUCCUCCAAGGACAUUAGUCGUCUGGAGGCCCAGACUGGUCUGGAAAAGCAGCAGAUCACGAAUUGGUACGCCAACGUUCGACGACGUACGCGAGCCCGGCACGUCCCGAGACCUACGUCUCCUAGUCUGGUGAGUGUGAAAUCUCAGAGGCAGCCUCCUGGGCAGGAUACGGGACGCAGCAUACCGGGAGAGCCUAGUGCAUCGCCGUUCUGGGACAUGGACCCCAUGCAACGAUGGCAGAGCUCGCCACCAGAGUACGAACCCUCGGCAGCUGCGGAUAUCCUAGCUGCCGUGUCGGCGUCCCACCACCGCGAUGGAAAUGGUGCGAAAAGGGCGGAUACUGGCUACAUGGACCGGGCGACGUCUGACGAUGCCUCGUCAGCCACAUCCGCUCGUCGCUCCAACUCGAGCACGGGCAGCUCGGUGGGUUCGGCGUACUCGUACGCCUCGCAGACGUCGCGCAAGUCCAUCGACGUGCUCGCCACACAGAAGCCCCGGCGCCGAAAGCGCAAGGUCGCGGCGAGGAGACAGGCCGACAAACGGACCGGCCUCCUGAUCGCGACGCGGACGUAUCAGUGUACCUUUUGCGCAGAGACCUUUGCGACGAAACACAACUGGCAGAGACACGAAAAGUCGCUGCAUAUUUCUCUCGAGGGAUGGGAGUGCUCGCCGGAUGGACCGACCUUUGUCGACGCGGACAGCAACAAGGCGACAUGUGUGUACUGCGGACUGGCCGACCCCGACGCGGCGCAUAUUUCUGGGCAUGACUACGGGGAAUGUGAGAGGCGCGCGCCCGAGGAGCGCAUAUUCUACCGCAAAGAUCACCUGCAGCAGCACCUGACGCUGGUCCACGGAGCUGCCUUUCAGAGGACGCCCAUGGAGACGUGGAAGCGGCAGAACCAGCUGAUCCGGUCCCGUUGCGGCUUCUGCAACCUCGCCAUGGAGUCGUGGGACGAGCGCGUGGAUCACAUUGCUGAGCACUUUAAGACGGGCAAAUCCAUGGCGGACUGGGAGGGAGGCUGGGGGUUUGAGCCGCAUGUUGCCGACAAGAUCGAGAGUGCGAUCCCUCCAUAUCUGAUUCACUAUGAGCGGUACUCCCCGUGGCCCUUUACGGGCUACCAAGGGCCUCCGGACACACCAUCCAGUGCUUUUGAGCUGAUCAGCGCCGAGAUGGAGUACUACUCGAACGAGUACAUGGCGGCCCACCAGCGACGUCCCACGCUGCCCGAGAUGCAGUACGAAUGCUGCAGCCGUGUCAUGGGCGCCGAGCAGCUCACGGCGGCGCACAACAGGCAGACGCGCGGCGACGGAGGAGACGUGGGCACGUCGGCGUCGUGGCUGCGCGACCUGAUCAUGUGCGACGAGUCCAUUGCGCGCGAGGCUCGCCUCCGGCCCCUCCGGGACGCGGCCAAGGUGAGCAUCACACCGCUGCGCAUCAUUGGCAGGGCGACGCUGUUUGAGUCCUGCGCGCUCGAGGGCGAGCUGCAGCAGCGGGUGCAGGCGUCGCACGCGGUGGGACUGGCCGUCACGAACCAAGAUAUCCGUGUCCUGGCGUGCCAGGUUGUGGCCGACAUGACGGCGACGGCCAAGAGGCCGUCCAAGUCGACGCAGGAUUUCCUGAUCGAGUUGAUCUACACCGCCAGCGGCACGUGGUUCACCAAGUUUCGCGAACGAGCGGGUUUGCCCAUCGACGACGCGUGCCCAUCGGAGCUGCAUGGCGCUGGGAGCGGCUGGCACGACGAGAGCGUGAUGGAAGCGACACUAGGUGGUCCAGAAGCGAGUCUGGGCUCCUUGACCAUGACCGACGACGUCUCAUCCUACAGCCCCAACUUCCAGAGCCCGCACGGGGCGGCGGGGGGCUUGCGAGAACACCGGCUGGGCGACGAUAGCUGCUACCGCCGGCUGAUGAAGGAGCUGGUGCGGUACACGCGGAGUGCCAUGUCACCUUACAACCCGAACCGACACGUGCCGACGGAUGAGGAGCUGCAGCACCACGCGCGCUGGAUCAUGUUUGACGACGAUGACCCGUGGAACCAGACGCCUGCGGACAAUGCCGAAUGGCUACGGCAUUUCAAGAAGGACCAGGGGCUUGAUGUGGAUGAUCCCGAUCUGAGUGUGUCGUGA